UAAUAAUUUUUUUCCGGUCGGAGGGAGACGUGCUGGGCAAUUGCAGUGAGCACCGGCCUUCGCCUUUGAGUUCAAAGUAGACUUCACUUGCGAUGUGAUUUCAGUCUCUUAACUUUCUAGGUCUUGGGCCUCCGAUGAUCGGCUUGCUUUACCAAUAGGGUUUUCUUUGCGUUCCAACAUUGGAUAUGGAUCAUUCUCCGCGCGGCACCGACUUGCUAUUGGAGGAUUUCGGGCAGAAGGUCGACCUAACGAGGAGGAUUCGUGAGGUUUUGGUGAAUUAUCCGGAGGGCACGACGGUGCUUAAGGAGCUGAUCCAGAAUGCGGACGAUGCCGGUGCCACUAAGGUCUUCCUUUGCCUCGAUCGCCGCUUUCAUGGCGUGAAUUCGCUGCUGUCCAGCGAGCUCUCGCAGUUCCAGGGCCCUGCGCUUCUCGCUUUCAAUGACGCGGAAUUCACGGAGGACGACUUUGUAAGCAUCUCACGGAUUGGCGACAGCAAGAAGCAGAGUCAGGCUUCGAAGACCGGCCGGUUUGGCGUGGGCUUCAAUUCUGUGUAUCAUCUGACCGACUUGCCAUCCUUUGUAAGCAACAAAUAUGUUGUCUUGUUUGAUCCCCAUGGUUCAUACCUUCCCAAUGUUUCAGCUGCAAAUCCUGGAAAGCGUCUUGAUUUUGUUAUCUCAUCAGCAAUUUCCUUGUAUGAAGAUCAGUUUAAACCAUAUUGUGCUUUUGGAUGUGACAUGAAGAACCCUUUCCCUGGAACUUUAUUUCGUUUUCCUCUAAGGAAUGCUGAUCAGGCCGCUGUCAGUAAACUUUCUAAGCAAGUGUACACUGCAGAUGAUAUUUCCUGUAUGUUUGCCAAACUUUAUGAAGAAGCAAUUUUUAGUUUGCUUUUUCUCAAAAGCAUUAUUUCAAUUGAAUUCUAUGUGUGGGAAGCUGGUGUAAAUAGCCCACAUAAAGUUUACUCUUGUGCUGUAAAGGAAUCAAAAGAAAAAGUUGCACGUAAUUGUAGAUAUCCUCAGAGAUCAUAUAGAUCAGUAGAAUCAGAUUGGCAAUUAGAAUCUUUUUUGGUGAAUUUUCUUUGCGAGGCCACCACUGGAUGUAAUUCAGAAAGAAGAGUGGAAACCUUUUUCAUAGUGCAGGGCAUGGCAUCGGCAUCAAGCAGACUUGGAGCUCUUGCAGCGAUGGCUUCCAAAGAAUAUAAUCUUCAUCUUUUUCCUUGGGCAUCUGUUGCCCUAUGUUUGUCUGAUGACUUACCUGAGGAUCAUUUUUAUAAGGAAGGCCUCGUGUUUUGUUCUCUUCCAUUGCCAGUAAGAACAGGGCUUAAUGUUCACGUGAACGGAUGCUUUGAAGUUUACUCUAACAGACGUAGCAUCUGGUUUGGAUCUAAUUUGGACCGAGUGGGAAAACUGAGGUCUGACUGGAAUAGGCUACUGUUAGAAUUUGUUGUUGCUCCAGCCUAUUGUGAGUUGCUGGUUGGUUUGAGCAAGCUGUUUGGUCCCACCAUGCAAUACUAUUCUGUUUGGCCAACUGGUUUAUAUGAGGAGCCAUGGAGUAUUUUAGUCGAGAAUAUAUACAGAAUUGCUUAUUCUGCUAAGGUCUUAUAUUCUAAUUUUGCAGGUGGAAAUUGGAUAUCGCCAGCUGAGGCGUUCUUUCACGAUUUGGAUUUUAAAAAAAGUGAAAUACUAGGCGAGGCUCUAGUCUUAUUAGGGAUGCCCGUUGUUUGUCUACCUGCUUUCAUUUUUGAGACAAUGUAUAAAUUUUGGUCAAAUUUUAAUAUCAGUUUGGUUAGUCCUGUAAUAGUACGAAGAUUCCUAAAGGAAAGUAUGAAACUAGGCACAUUAAACAAAUCAUACAAAUUAGUUCUAUUAGAAUACUGUCUAACUGACCUGAGCAAUGAGGAUGUUGAUAAACAUGUAGAGGGUCUUGCAUUGCUUCCUUUGGCAAAUGAUGAGUUUGGAACCUUUACCAAGACCAUGAAGGGAACAAAUUAUUUUAUUUGCAGUGAGCUUGAAUACAGUGUUUUGGGAUUGAUUCCUGAUAUAAUGAUUGAUCGAACCAUUCCAUCUGAGUUAUUGAAUAGCCUUUCUGACAUUGCUAUUUGUUCUCAAACGAAUCUAACAUUUCUCAAUGAGAAAUACUUUCUGCAGCUAUUCCCAAGGAUCUUCCCUGCUGAAUGGAGGUGUGAGAACAGGGUUGCAUUGAAUCCUGGUGUAGGCACUUCUGUUCCAACGCCAACUUGGUUUACAUAUUUCUGGGACUAUAUUCAAAAUCAAUCUUAUGAUAUAUCAACAUUUGGUGAGUGGCCUAUUUUGCCAUCUACUUCUGGGCACCUUUACAGAACAUCGAAAACCUCUAAGUUUAUCAGUUCAGAGAAGCUAUCUGAAACAUUGCAGGAGCUUCUAGUGAAAAUCGGCUGUAAAAUCCUCGAUCCAGCAUACAAAAUUAAUCAUCGUGAUUUAUCUCUAUAUGUUUCGGAUAGUGAUGCUGGUGGCAUUCUGAACUCUAUUUUUGAUUCCGUUUCGUCUGAGGGGAAUGAAAGAUGGUUGCCUUUUCAAGUUCUCUCUGUUCCUGAGAAAAUUGAGCUCAGCAGGUUUCUACUUCAUCCAAAGUGGUAUCUCGGAGGCUUUCUUUCUGACACUCAUAUUAAAAAUGCAAAGAGGCUUCCUAUUUACAGAGUCUAUGGUGAACAGAAUGACGAAAACAUUCAUUUUCAUAAUUUGGAAUGUCCUACGAGAUAUUUACCACCUGUAGAUAUUCCCAUACGCUUUCUGAACGGUGAUUUUGUUUUCUGUUCAUCUAUUACUGAAGAAGAUAUUUUGCUGAGGUACUUUGGUAUUGAGCGCAUGCCAAAGUCUGCUUUCUACAAGAAGUAUGUUCAGAGUAGACUUGGUGAAUUGCAAUCUGAUGUUCGUGAUGAGAUUAUGCUAUCUAUUCUAAAAGAACUGCCACAACUGUGUCUUGAUGAUUCUUCUAUCAAGGAAUCUUUGCGUAAAUUAAAAUUUAUACCCACUGUCAGCGGAAGCUUAGAUUGUCCUGAAUCUCUAUAUGAUCCUCGCGUUGAUGAACUUUAUGCUCUUCUCGAAGAUUCAAAUUGUUUUCCUGGUGGCUUAUUUCGAGAACCCAGUGUUCUGGACAUGUUACUCUGCUUGGGACUUAGAACAUCAGUUUCAGCAGACACAAUUAUAAAGAGCGCACGUCAAGUUGAAUCGUUGAUGCGUGAGGAUCAGUUAAAGGCUUCUUUACAUGGGAAGGUGCUUCUUUCAUACCUUGAAGUUCAUUCAGAUAAGUGGUUCUGUAAUAAUGAUUGUCAAAAGGGUGUAAACAUGAUGUUUUCAAGAGUUGCUGCGUCAAGAAUGCGUGGUAAUAAUCCUUCACGAGAUGGUAUUGAAAAAUUCUGGAAUGAUCUUAGAAUGAUAUGCUGGUGCCCUGUAUUGGAUUCUGCACCCCAUGCAACGUUGCCAUGGCCUGUAGUUUCAUCCAUGGUGGCCCCUCCUAAGAUAGUUAGACCAAGAGAAGAUAUAUGGCUUGUUUCUGCAAGUUCACGAAUUCUUGAUGGAGAAUGCCGGUCAUUUGCUUUGUCCUGGAGCUUAGGUUGGUAUUUACCUCCCAGUGGAAAUGUGAUUGCUGCUCAACUGCUUGAACUUGGAAAAAACAAUGAGAUUGUGGUAGAUCAGAUUCUUCGACAAGAAUUAGCAAUAGCAAUGCCUAAGCUAUACUCCCUAUUGUCAAAUUUGAUAGGCUCAGAUGAGAUGGACAUUGUUAAAGUUAUUCUUGAAGGUUGUAGAUGGAUUUGGGUGGGAGAUGGAUUUUCAACUGUCAGUGAGGUUGUUCUUAAUGGACAGUUCCAUUUGGCUCCCUACAUACGUGUUAUUCCUGUUGAUUUAGCUGUAUUCAGGGACCUAUUUUUGGAGCUUGGAGUACAAGAGUGCUUGAAGCCUGUGGAUUAUGUCAAUAUUCUUUGCCGAAUGGCAGGUAAGAAAGGCUGCAUUCCACUUGAUGCUCAAGAGCUUCGAGCGGCUGUGUCCUUCGCUCAGCAACUUGCAGAAAUCCAGUUUCAGAGUUUGUAUGUUAAAGUUUAUUUACCUGAUCUCUCAUCUCGGUUAAUUACAGCAACUGAUUUAGUUUACAAUGAUGCUCCCUGGUUGCUUGAUUUGGAAGAGAAUGCAAGUGGAAAUGGGUCUAGUGUUUCACUAAAGCGUAAGAACAAUAGAUGUAACUUCGUGCAUGGCAACAUUUCAAAUGAUAUUGCUGAAAAACUUGGUGUACAUUCUCUUCGUCGUCUUUUACUUGCUGAAAGUUCUGAUUCAAUGAAUUUAAGCCUAGCAGGAGUUGCUGAAGCGUUUGGUCAACAUGAGGCAUUAACAACAAGGCUUAAGCAUAUUGUUGAAAUGUAUGCAGAUGGGCCGGGAAUACUUUUUGAGCUUGUACAAAAUGCUGAGGAUGCACAGGCUUCUGAAGUGGUUUUUCUUUUGGAUAAAACUCAAUAUGGUACGUCAUCCGUUCUUUCACCUCAAAUGGCAGAAUGGCAAGGUCCCGCACUAUACUGCUUUAAUGAUUCAGUUUUCAGUUCUCAAGAUUUGUAUGCAAUAUCACGUAUUGGCCAAGACAGUAAACUUGACAAGCCUUUUGCAAUUGGAAGGUUUGGACUUGGCUUCAAUUCUGUUUAUCACUUUACAGAUAUACCUGGUUUUGUUUCCGGUGAGAACAUUGUGAUUUUUGAUCCUCAUGCUUGCCACCUGCCAGGAAUAUCUCCUAGUCAUCCAGGCCUGAGGAUAGAAUUUGUCGGAAGAAAGAUCUUGGAGCAGUUUCCAGAUCAGUUCAUGCCAUUCUUACACUUUGGCUGUGAUUUACAACAACCAUUUCCUGGUACCCUAUUUCGAUUUCCACUCAGGAACAAAACUGCAGCUCUCAGAAGCCAGAUUAAGAAAGAAAAAUAUUCGCCUGAUGAUGUGGAGUUGCUUUUCAAUUCUUUCAAAGAAGUUGUAUCUGAGUCGCUGUUGUUUCUUCAUAAUAUCCAAAGGGUAACUAUUUUUAUAAAAGAUGGUCCCGGGCUUCAGAUGCAGUUAAUACAUCGUGUGUCUAGGCACAGUGAUACUGGGCUUGGAAAGGAGCUUCAUCCCCUUCAUAAAAUGCUCAGCUUUGUGCAUGGAAACCAGCAAAAUGGGAUGAGUAGGGAUCAGUUCAUGGCAAAAUUAGAUAAAAUUUCUGAAAGAGACCUGCCAUGGAGUUGCCAGAAGAUUUUAUUGUUGGAGCAAAGUCUUUCUGGUUCUCAGUUACAUUUUUGGGUUGUUAGUGAAUGUAUAGGUGGUGGGCGGGCAAAAAGUAAAUCUUUAUCUGUAAUUAACCAAUCAUUUAAAUUUGUUCCCUGGGCAUCAGUUUCCUGCUACCUUCACUCUGCUAACUUGCAGGAUUUAAAAGAUAAUUUCCUAGAUACCACAGUAGAUUAUUAUGCUUCUUUAGUUGCUCUAGGUGAAAUGACUGCAGUAUAUUACAGAAAAACUUUUGUAGGCAGGGCGUUUUGCUUCCUCCCUUUGCCAAUUUCUACUGGUCUUCCAAUACAUAUUAAUGCAUAUUUUGAAUUAUCUUCAAACAGAAGAGACAUAUGGUUUGGUAAUGACAUGGCGGGUGGUGGAAAAGUUCGUUCAGAGUGGAACCUUUGUCUCCUUGAAGAUGUAAUUCCUAGUGCUUAUGGUCGUUUGUUGGUUUGCAUUGCACGAGAGCUUGGUCCAUGCGAUCUUUACUUCUCUUUUUGGCCUACUUCCACUGGUCUUGAACCAUGGGAAUCAAUGGUGAAGCAAUUCUAUGCAUUUCUGUCUGAUCAAAAGCUUUCUGUUUUGUACACAAAAGCUAGAGGCGGGCAUUGGAUUUCAGCAAAAGAGACCAUCUUUCCUGACUUUACUUUUCCAAAAGCGAUUGAGCUUGCAGAAGUGUUAUCAGAAGCUGGCUUGCCUGUAGCUAAUGUAUCAAAUGAUAUUGUGCAAAGAUUUAUGGUCUCAUGCCCCUCGCUGCAUUUUCUAACUCCUCAGUUUUUAAGAUGCUUAUUGAUUCGCCGCCAUUAUGUAUUUAAGAAGAAAGAUGACAUCGUCACCACGUUAGAUUACUGCUUGAGUGAUUAUGGAAUAAUUUCUUCUUGUGGUUCAUUAAAUGGAUUACCUUUGUUACCUUUAGCAAAUUGUAAAUUUGCUUCAUUUAACAAACGGGGAGAAGGUGAUAGAGUAUUCGUUGUAUCUACUGAGGCAUUUGACCUUCUUUUCGAUUCAGUUCCACAUCUUCUUGUUGACUGUUCCAUUCCUGAUAGUACGUUGAAGAAGCUGACAGACAUUGCUAAUUCUGGCCUAACUAACUUGCAUGUAUUGACAUGCUAUUCUCUUGUGGAACUUUUGCCAUGGAUUCUUCCAACUGAAUGGCAGCAUUCUAGGCUGGUUCGAUGGACUCCAGGCGAUCACGGUCACCCAAGUUUUGAAUGGAUGGGGUUACUCUGGAAAUAUUUGAAGGCAUCCUGUAACGAUCUUUCAAUAUUUAACAUGUGGCCUAUUUUACCUGUAAAAAAUGGUUUUCUUUUGCAACUUGUUGAAAAUUCUGUUGUAGUCAGAAAUGAUGGAUGGAGUGAAAAUUUGUCGUCUUUACUGCAGAAAUUGGGUUGUUAUUUUUUGUGUUCUGACUUAUCCCUAGAUCAUCCCCAUUUGAGGAGCUUUGUGUGGGAUGCGACAGCAGUUGGCAUUCUGAAUGCUAUACGAGCUUCUUGUCAGCUGCAAGAUAUGAGGAACUUAUUUUUUAAUGCCUCCAAGGCAGAGAUGAGGGAACUGAGGAGUUUCAUUUUCCAGUCCAGGUGGUUUUCUGGGGACCAAAUGGGCUCCAUGCAAAUUGACAUAAUCAAACAACUUCCAAUUUUUGAGUCUUAUAAAAAUGAGGUGCUUUUAGCUUUGAUUAAUCCAUUAAAAUUUCUUAAGCCAGUAGAUUUACUCGAGGAUCUUGUGGAUGAUAAUUUUAUCAGAACUGACUCCGAGAGGGAAAAGAGUAUUUUGCAAAAUUAUUUGGGGAUUAGAGAAUUGUCAAAAGCUGAGUUUUACGAAAACUAUGUUUUUCAUCGAAUAGAAUGUUUCCUUGUGCGGCCUAGUGUUCUUUUCGCUAUCUUUGUUGAUUUGAAACAGUUAGUUGAAGAGGAUGAUUCCAUUAAAUCCACCCUAUCUAAAGUGCCUUUUGUUUUAGCCGCUGAUGGUUCUUGGAAGCAUCCUUCCAGGCUUUAUGACCCUCGUGUUCCACUCUUGCAAAAUCUGCUGAACAAGGAAGUUUUUUUCCCGUGUGAUAUGUUUUCAACUUCUGAAAUACUUGACAUUUUAACAAGUUUUGGAUUGAGGAGUUGCUUGAACUUAAGUGGUCUGAUAGAUGUUGCAAGGUCAGUCUCAAUGUUGCAUGAUUGUGGCCAUGUUGAUGCUCCUCAGUAUGGAAGGAAGUUGCUUUCUUUUUUGAAUGCGUUAGGGAUUAUGCUUUCAAUUCCGAAUGAUCAGGCGAAUAAACAUGAUAUUGAUCGCCAAUCAUUAAUAACUGAUGGGAUCUCACAUGGUAAAUAUACAGAAAUGAAAAUUGAUGAAGAGAAGAGCUGUGAGUUUGAUCAGGACGUAGAGUUUUUUAUUUCUAGUUUUGUUCUUGAUAAACAAGAAUGUGAAUUUUGGUCAGAGAUGAAGAUCAUUCCAUGGUGCCCUGUAUAUGUUAAUCCUCUUCUGAUAGGACUUCCAUGGUUUGCUUCGGAUAGAAGUGUGGCAACUCCAGAAACUACAAGGCCAAAAUCCCUAAUGUGGCAGGUUUCGUCAAAAAUGAGGAUUUUAGAUGGUGAUUGCCACUCAACAUAUGUACAAGAGAAGCUUGGUUGGAAGGAUCCACUUGAUAUUGAAACCUUGUCAACUCAAUUAGUUGCACUUUCGAAAUCGUAUACCCAGCUGACAUUGCAGUCCAAACAUGACUUUCACAUUGAUGACAUUUUGCAAAGGGAGAUCCCACUUAUAUAUUCAAAGUUGCAGUGUUACAUUGAUAAAGAUUACUUCAAUGUUUUGAAAGAAGCUUUGGAUGGUAUCAGCUGGGUUUGGCUAGGUGAUAGCUUUGUUCAGUCAAAUUCGGUUGCAUUCGACUCUCCUGUGAUAUAUCACCCAUAUUUAUAUGCUGUCCCAUCAGAGCUGUCUGAGUUCAGAUCUUUGCUUUUACGGUUGGGUGUGAGGUUGAAUUUUGAUGUCAUGGAUUAUUUAAAUGUUUUGCGAUGCUUAAAGCAGGAUGUCAGAGGAGAACCAUUAUUAGUUGAGCAAUUAAGUUUUGUUCAAUGCAUCUUGGAAGCUUUUGCCGACUCAUUGGCUGAUGGACGGUUAACAGACACACUUUUGAACUCACUUUUUAUUCCUAGUUCUUCUGGAGUUCUAAUGAAUCCAUCAGAUCUUGUUUAUAAUGAUGCUCCAUGGAUUGAUGUAAAUAACACACAAAAGUGUUUUGUGCACUCUAAUAUCGGUAAUGAUCUAGCUAAACGGCUUGGAGUGCAAUCUCUCCAGGGUCUGUCUUCGGUUGACGAGAAAACUGCAAGGGAUUUUUCAUGCAUGGAUUAUGCCAGAAUAUCAGAUUUGUUUGCUUUAUAUGGGGAGAGGGAAUCUCUAUUAUUUGAUCUUCUUGAGCUAGCUGAUCACUUACGAGCAAAGAAAUUGCACCUAAUAUUUGACAAACGUCAGCAUCCCAGGCAAUCAUUGCUGCAACACAAUCUAGGCCAAUUUCAAGGUUCAGCUCUUACAGUCGUGCUUGAAGGAGCAACUUUGAGUAUUGAAGAAGUACGCAGCCUUCAUCUUCCCCCACCAUGGAAGCUUCGUGGAAACACUCUGAAUUAUGGAUUGGGAUUAGUUGGCAGUUACUCCAUUUGUUCUAUAAUGACAAUGGCUACUGGUGGCUUCUUCUUUAUUUUCGAUCCUCUUGGGUUAGUUCUUAGUGCGUCCUCUGGUGGUGGUCCCUUCUCAAAGCUUUUCACCUUGCAAGAAAAUGACCUGACUGAUAGAUUUCCUGAUCAAUUUAACCCACUGCUUAUGAACCAAGGAUUUUGCUCGGUGCCAUCUGACUCGACAUUUAUUCGCAUGCCAUUAUCUUCAAAGGGCUUGGAGGAGAAUGAACUUGGUUGUAACAGAGUAAUGCAAAUCUUUAACAGAUUCAUGAAUCAUGCAUCUUCAGCUCUCCUAUCUAUGAAGUCUAUAUUUCAGGUAUCUUUAUUGACAUGGGAGGAGGGAAAUUUACAUCCAUUGUUAGAUUAUUCUGUUUCCAUUGACCCGUCAACAUCUAUUCUAAGAAAUCCCUUUUCAGAAAAGCGAUGGAAAAAGUUUCAGCUAUCAAGAAUAUUUAGCACUUCACCUGAUACCACUAAGAUGCAUGUAUUAGAUGUUCAUAUAACUCAGGGUGACAGAAAUUUUGUUGAUAAAUGGCUUGUUGUGCUCUGCUUGGGAUCUGGAAAAACACGGAACAUGGCACUUGACAGGCGCUAUCUUUCUUACAAUUUGACACCAUUUGCUGGAGUAGCAGCUCAUAUAUCUCGGAAUGAACUACCUAUAAGCCCACCAGCAUCCAGUUGCAUAUUGUCUCCUUUGCCCUUGUCCGGAUUAAUAAGCCUGCCAGUAACUCUUCUUGGAUGCUUUCUCAUAUCUCACAUUGGGGGGCGAUAUCUUUUCAGCCGUUCACGUGGACAUGUUUUAACACAACAAACUAAUGCUAACAAUCUUUUAGCUGAAUCUUGGAACAAAGAAUUGUUGCUAUGUGUUCGGGACUCUUAUGUUCAGUUGGUGUUGGAAUUUCAGAAGAUCAGGAAGGACUACCACACUUCAUCUAUUGAUUCAAACUCUGCACGUUCUUUAAGUUAUAUUCUACAGGCAUAUGAUGAUAGAAUUUACUCUUUCUGGCCUAGAUCUAUAAUGAAUUCAAAAUCUUUUGCACAUGUUGAUAGUGCCACCAAGGAAACAAUUACAAGUAAAGCAUGUGGUGAUGAUUGGGCAUCACUAGUUGAACAAGUGAUUAGGCCUUUCUAUGAACGCCUUGUUGAUAUGCCAGUUUGGCAAUUAUACCGUGGAGAUGUUGUGAAAGCUGAUGAAGGUAUGUUCCUGUCUCAAUUAGGUAGUGAAAAUGACGACAGCCUUCCAGCCUCUACAGUUUGUAGCUUCAUCAAAGAGCGUUACCCUGUUUUUUCUAUGCCAUCUGAAUUAGUUAACGAAAUUCAGGCCAUAAAAGGUAAGGUGAGGGAGAUCACGCCUAAGAUGAUCCGAGGUCUACUUAAAUCUUCUGUUUCAGUUUUACCUGAGAAUGUUGAAAUGUAUAUGGAUGUGCUGGAUUACUGUUUGUCAGACAUUUAUCUGCCAGAUUUUCCAGCAAGUGAGUUAUCAGGUUUCAACAAUAAUAGAUUGGAUUCUGUUGGUGCUUUGCAAACAGUAAGAGAUGAUAUGUCUUCAAGUGCCACGCCAUUUUUAUCCCCAAAAAAUAUACAGAGAAGUCGUAGAGAUGCUUUUCAGGGUUCAAGUAGUUCUGGAGGUGAUGCUAUCGAGGUUGUCACAUACUUUGGCAAGGCUUUAUAUGAUUUUGGCCGCGGAGUUGUUGAGGAUAUAGGCAAAGCAACAAGUCCUCUAUCCUAUGUUGACAGUGCUUCGGCAUCCAUUAUUGCAGAACUUAAAGGGUUGCCAUUUCCAACUUCAACAAAGCGUCUAGUGAGACUGGGCAGUGCAGAGUUAUUCUUUGGGAACAAGGAUCUGCAGUUACUCAUGCAUCCACUAGCAGAUAAAUUUGUCCAUUCUCUUUGCUUAGAGAAACCUUUCUUCGCUAAGAUUCUUUCCAUCCAGAACAUGCACGAAUUUUUAAAACUGAAGAACUUCACCCCUCAGUUGCUAUCAGAUCAUUUGCGGCUGCUGCUUCCUGAAUCUUGGGUGAAUGAUGUAUUAUCUGUUAAUCAAGCUCCUUGGGUGCCAUGGGAUAACUCUGCAAGCUCGGCAUCUGAUGGGCCACGUCCUGAGUGGAUACGACUUUUCUGGAAAAUUUUUAAGGACAUUAAAGGAGACCUUUCACUUAUUUCGGAAUGGCCACUAAUUCCAGCAGUUCUGGAUGGAACAAUCUUAUGUCGUGUGAAAGAGAGCAAACUGAUAUUUAUACCACCCAUUCUGGAUCCAUCUCCUGUCACAUAUAAUGGGGCUGGCGUGAUAAAUUCAUCAGGAAGUAUCGGCAAAGAACAAAACAAGUUAUAUAUUGCGGCAUUUGAAAGGAUGUCUUGUAGAUAUCCUUGGCUAAUGUCUCUGCUAUUUCAGUUGAAUAUACCAGUUUAUGAUAUGUCGUUUCUUGACUCUGAAUUAUCCUGUUAUUUCUUCCCGGCACCUGGUCAAUCACUAGGGCAUGCUAUUGUCUCCAAACUAGUUGCUGCAAAAUAUGCUGGUAGUUUUCCUGUUUUACUUCAUUUAUCAGCUAAAGAUCGUGACAGAUUGUUCACCUUGUUUGCAUUGGAUCACAAAUCCCCCAGUUGCUGUUCUUACAAAAGAGAAGAGCUAGAUAUGUUGAAAGAACUUCCUAUAUACAAAACAGUAACAGGUUCCUACACCAUGAUUGUUGCCAACCAUCACUGCACAAUUUCUCCAACAGUUUUCUUUCACCCUAAAGAUGAACAGUGUCUUUCUCAUUCGGCAGAUUCAAAUGAAUUUCUCCGUGCUCUAGGAGUUCAUGAGUUGACUGAUCAGGAAGUAUUUGUAAGAUUCGCUUUGCCAGAUUUUGAAACAAAAACAUUAGCUGAAAAGGAAGCAAUAUUGCUGUAUUUAUAUUUAAAUUGGGAGGAUCUGCAUAUUGAUUCCACAGUUGUGAAUGGUUUGAAAGAGACAAAUUUUGUACGAACUGCCAAUGAGCUUUGUGCCGAUUUAUUCAAACCAAAGGAUUUGUUGGAUCCUCAUGAUCCAUUGUUGUCAUCGGUAUUUGGUGGGGAGAGAACCAAAUUCCCUGGUGAGAGGUUUAUUGCAGAUGCAUGGCUCCGCAUUUUAAGGAAAAUAGGUCUUCGUACGUCCUCGCAAGGUGAUAUGAUAAUAGAGUGUGCAAGAAAGAUCGAAUCACUUGGACGUGAAGCCAUGGCACAUGAAGCAGACCUUGAGAGUUUUGAGACUGAAUUACUUAUUAGGAAAAGAGAAGUUUCUUUGGAGAUUUGGGCGUUGGCUGAAUCUGUUGUAGUUACAAUAUUUGCAAAUCUUUCAAGUUUUUUUAACAAUGAUUUCUGUGAGACAAUCAGUGAUAUUGCGUUUGUCCCUGCUGAAAAAGGUCUUCCCGUGAUUGGUGGUAAAAGAGGGGGGAUUAGGAUUCUUUGCACAUACAGGGAAGCAAUCUUGACCAGGGAUUGGCCUUUGGCCUGGUGUGCUGCUCCAAUCCUUGUCAAGCUGAAUGCGGUUCCUCCUGAGUUCUCUUGGGGGGCAUUUCAUCUUAGCAGCCCACCGCCAUUUUCAACUGUUUUAAAGCAUUUGUUGGUUGUUGGAAGAAACAACGGAGAAGACACUCUUGCUCGUUGGCCACGUUCACCAGGAAUGUUGACCGUAGAAGAUGCUUCUUUUGAAAUUCUGAACUAUUUGGAUAAAAAUUGGGGUGCAAGAUCUUCCUCGGAUAUAAAGGAGUUGCAGCAAGUACCAUUCAUCCCUGUUGCAAAUGGCACUCGCUUUGUUACAGCGACAUGUUUGUUUGUUCGUCUAUCAGUUAAUCUUUCACCAUUUGCGUUUGAGCUCCCCAGUAUUUACUUGCCCUUUGUUAAGAUUUUAAAGGAAAUUGGGGUACAUGAAGCUCUCACAGUUGAUCAUGCGAGAAACCUUAUUAUGAAUAUCCAAAAAUCAUGUGGAUAUCAACGUGUUAAUCCAAACGAACUUCGUGCUGUCAUGGAAAUAUUGAAUUUUAUUUGCAACAGCUCUAUCAAAUCAAGUUCUGGUGGAUCUGAGUCUGUAAUUAAUCACAUAGUACCAGAUGAUGGCUGCAGGCUUGUAUCAGCAAACUCUUGUGUAUAUGUUGAUUCUUAUGGUUCUCAGCUUCUUGCUGAAAUAGAUACUUCUAGGAUUAGGUUCUGUCACCCAGAGCUUCCUGAAAAUAUAUGUGUGAAUCUAGGCAUCAAAAGGGUUUUUGAUGUUGUCAUCGAGGAGCUAGAUGAACCACAAUUGGAAAUUUUGGAUCAGCUUGGUUCUGUUCCAUUGAACAAGAUAAGGGAUAAGCUUUUAAGCAAACAACUUCACCAUGCAAUUUUGAAAUUAAUUGACGGCAUGAAAGUUCACCCCCCAUCAGUCGAGAGGAUGAAGUUGGAACACUUGGAAAGUUCACUAAGUCAGGUGGCCUACAAAUUGCAGUUUGUUAAAUUACUUCAUACUCGGUUUCUCCUCCUUCCAAAUAAUGUGGACAUUACACGUAAAACAAAGGUUUUUGCUAUACCUGAAUGGAAUUCCAGUCACAGGCAUCGUACUAUUCAUUUUGUGGAUAAAUCAAGGAAUAUAAUUUUAGUUGCAGAGCCUCCAAGCUACAUAUCCAUAUAUGAUGUUCUCGCCAUAGUUGUGAGUCAGAUAUUGGAGAUACCAUCCAUAUUACCAAUUGGGCCGCUCCUUGCCUGCCCAGAUGGUUCUGAGAAAGCAGUUCUGAGUGCAGCGAAACUAGGAUCUGAAAUUGGAUUCAUUAGAGAUGAUAAAAAUAAGAUACUUACGGGGAAUGAACUGAUUCCUCAGGAUGCUCUUCAGGUGCAGCUCCUGCCCAUGAGACCAUUUUACAGAGGUGAGAUAGUUGCAUGGAAACCUGGUAAAGAAAGGGAGAAACUAAAAUAUGGUGUUGUUUCGGAAGAUGUGAGACCAUCUUCCGGUCAAGCAAUUCAUAAGAUUCCUGUGGAAAUAGCUCCUGGAGUGCUUCAACCACUUCUAUCAACUCAAGUUUUCUCUUUCAAAAGUGUUUCUAUGGGCAAUGUUACCAAUUUAUUAUCGUCGCCAGAAAGCAGUGAGAUCAGAAAUGUGCUGCUCAAUGUUCAGGAAAGUAAAGAUGGUGGAAAUGGCAAUUUAGGGCAACAGACUGCAAGAGAGCUGUGGUAUGGUAAGGUAUCCGCAGAAGAAACAGUUCGAGCAGUCCAUGAAAUGUUCUUAACGGCAGGAAUCAAUAUGGAUACCGAGCAGCAGUCGCUCCUGCGGACGACUGUUACCCUUCAGGAACAGAUCAAAGAGUUUCAGUUGGCCCUUCUAGAUGAGCAGGAGAAGGCAGAAAAAGCGGCCAAAGAAGCUGAUGCAGCAAAAGCAGCAUGGUCCUGCCGUGUUUGCUUCAGUUCUGAAGUUGACACCGCCGUUGUUCCUUGUGGCCACGUCCUCUGCCAUAGAUGCUGUUCUGAAAUUCACCGUUGUCCUUUCUGCCGCCGCUCCAUCUCAGAAAAGCUGAAAAUUUUCCGCCCAUGAUGAGAAUUUCACCAUGAUAAAUAUAUAUGUAUGUAUAUAUAUAGAUAUAUAUAUUUAUAUACAUAUGUAUAUGAUAUUUUUUAUGGUUGAUUGAAGAUUUAAGGAAAAAGGAGCUGCACAUGUAGAGAAAUAUGAAAGGAAAGGAACAGAUUUUACAGAAGAAUUCUCAAGGUAUGUACAUUACACUUAGAAAGAUGUAGUUGUAAGAGCUAUUUCUGAUUUCAGAAAUAAAACUGUAAAGACUCCAUUUAUUAUAGUGCAUGUUCUUGGAUGAUGAAGCAUGGGUCUUCAAAUUUGCAGGCUUAUGAUGUUAAUUAUUAUGCCAAGCUGCAUUUUUUUUCAUAAUAACUAGAUUUAGUGGCUGUUACAUUUAAUAUUUCAUAUAAAGAAUGUGUAUAAGAUUAGUUUGAUGCAAAUUUGUAUGAGGAUGAGUUUGUUAAAGCUCAUG